AUGGGUGAGACACUCAACGGGUCAGGAGUAUUAGACAUGAAUGAAGAGAAGCUUCUGGUUGAAGAAUUAAUGAUUGAACUUCGAGAAAAGAAUGCUUCAGAAAGAGAAAUCACCAUUGCUUUAAAGAAUUUGGGCCUGCAAAGAACAAUCGACAGCAUUGCCAUCAAUUAUGGUAGAGGAAGACUGAAAUUCUUCCUGGGCAAUCCUGGUACAAUAAUCGACACGAUACCAGUAAAUAUGAUGGUAAAUGCUACGAUCGUGGCCAUAGCGGUGCAUGCUAAUAAGCCUAAUUCAAACAAGAUUUACCAAGUGGGUUCCUCCAGGAGGCAUCCUUUGACCGAUUCAGAUAUUACAGACAUCGCAUGGAGUUACUUCAAGGAUAGCCCUUGGAUCGACGAGAAUGGGGAGCCGGUCCAAGUUCAUAAGCUUAGAAAUAUGGAAAGCAUGGCCAGCUUCCGCAAGCACUUGAGACGUUACAUUCUCUUAACGAAGGUGCUGAAAGUAGCUAGCUCCAUGUUUGGCGGGCGUCUCCCAGGCCUGCAUGCUGAUCUGCACAAAAAGGUCAACGCUGCUGUGCGAUUGGCAGAACUCUAUGAACCUUAUACCUUCUUCAUGGGCAUCUUUGAUGACACAAAUACGGAAGCUUUGAGAGCCACGAUAUCUGACAAUGGAGUAAACUUGGAAAGGGUACUCUACUUUGAUCCGAGAUGUAUCGAUUGGGAGGACUAUUUCAAGAGAAUUCAUUUCCCUGGACUGGUCGAUGCCUUCAAUCGCAAGUGA